CAAGAAUUUUUGUGCUCAAAAGCAUCCAGUCUGGGUUAGAAUUUCGCCUCUGUGCAUCAUGCCUUCCAAAGCUUGCUCCGUGGCAAUUGCCGGUGUCGGUGCCUAUGCGGCUGCCCAGGCAUUCUUGGCCCCUUCCGUGAGCCCACAGGUGAACCAGCAACAGGUGCGCAACUUGCGUCAGCAGCCAGCGGCCACAGAGUCGUCCUCUGCUGCUGCAGGUGCUUUGACCCUGGGUGUUGCCGGUGUGGCAGUUGCGUCGGCCGCACAGGUCGGAAAGCGCACAGCACGCCGUUCCCAGGUGGUGCGCCAGGCCACUGCCGUGGCAGAGAAGGUCUUCACCAAGAUGCCUGCUUCCGUGAAGCCAGGAGUUGUGACUGGCCAGGCCUUGGUUGACUUGCUCAACUACGCAAAGGAGAACGAGUUCGCCAUCCCUGGCGUCAACGUUGUGAGCUCCAGCUCAGUGAAUGCUUGCAUGGAAGCAGCCAAGAAGGCUGGCGGCCCUGUGAUGGUCACCUUCUCCCGUGGUGGUGGUCAGUUCUUGGCGGGCAAGGCCGCUGACAACACCGAUGAUGCUGCCUGCAUUGCAGGCACCGUGGCUGGAGCACUUCAUGUGCGCCAAGUGGCCAAGCUCUACGGUGUGCCGGUGAUCCUUCACACCGACCACUGCCAGAAGUCUUGGUUGCCAUGGUUCGAUGGCCUCAUUGAGGCCAGCGAGGAGUACUUUGAGAAGAACGGUGAGCCCCUCUUCUCUUCCCACAUGUUGGACCUGUCAGAGGAAUCUUUGGAGGACAACAUCUCCAUUUGCAAGAAGUACUUGGAGCGCAUGGCCAAGAUCAACCUUUUGUUGGAGAUGGAGCUUGGUGUGACUGGUGGUGAGGAGGAUGGUGUGGACAACACCGAUGUGGACUCCUCUCGUCUGUACACUCAGCCUGAGGAGGUUUGGCAGGUCAAUGAGGCGCUUUCUUCCGUGCCCAAUGGCAACUUCACCGUGGCCGCUGCUUUCGGCAACGUCCACGGAGUCUAUGCCCCUGGCAACGUGAGCCUGAAGCCAGUGAUCCUGCACAACACCCAGGAAUACAUCAAGGAGAAGUUGGGAUGCGAGAGCGACAAGCCAGUGUCUUUCGUCUUCCAUGGUGGCUCUGGUUCCUCCCUGGAGGAUAUCCGUUACGCCAUUGAGGCCGGAGUUGUGAAGAUGAACAUUGACACUGACACUCAGUGGGCCUUCUGGGAUGGCAUGAACGAGUACCAGAAGAAGAACAAGGACUACUUGCAGGCCCAGAUCGGAAAUCCUGAGGGAGCCGAGAAGCCCAACAAGAAGUACUAUGAUCCUCGUAUGUCUCUCCGCAGUGGUGAAGAGUUCAUGGCUGAACGCCUGGUGAAGUGCAUGGAGGAUCUGAAGUGCAUUGACCGUCUUUAAGUCUGAAGCUGUCAACGCUCAACCGAGCUUGAUUGGCAAUUUUUCCAUUAUGUAAAAAUUAUUUGUCCGUGCAUGAGCAACACGUGCAGUGUUUCACAGCAACUCAGUGCGAAACAGCAUCCAGGCUC